GGGAGAUGUCAGCCCGUGCGAUCCCUCGAAGGCGAAGGCCUUCCAGGAAGGCCUCCUUUCUUGGUCCUUUCUUCUCUGUGCCCUGGCGAUGGUGGCUACUGCUGCUCUGCAAGAUACUCCUGGGCGCCACCUGGUGCAAGCUCAGCGUGGUAUGCAGGGUCCUGAACACCCGGUCGCAGGGAUGACGACGGUCAUGAUGAUGGUGAUGGCGAUCAUUUGCGUCGCUGUGUCGGCCCCUUCUUUCCUUUGCUUCGGCCCUUUGCUUCCGUCGGCAUCAAAGGCAAACCGCGGGACGAGAAUGCGGAUCGCGCCGCGCCUGCCAGACCAGAUCCAGCCCUUGCCCUUGCCCAUCCCGAGACCGGUGGUCGCCCACUGCCCGGGCCUGGUUGGCGCACUCGAUCGAGGGUGCCGAGAAGAGGCGGCGCAGCACGCAGCGCAGCGCCUCCGGGGUCUGGGGCAGCCCGCCCUGCUCCGCCACCUGCGCCGGGGCGGCCUCGAGGAACAUCGACGUAGCCGCGCAGGAGCUCCUCGAAGCAGGAGGCCUGGCGCGCCAAGGGCCCGCCCUGCCCGGCGUGGCCCGGCGCGCGCGAGCUCCAGACCUCGCCGCAGGCGGGCGCGGGCCGCCCUCCGCACCCCAGGCACAACUUGUUCUCUCCUCGGAUGGUGUUCGACUCUGGGCCGGCAUGCCCCGAUCGUUGGCCUGCUGAGCCGCCCCGACACGCAACACGCACCCCGCAGCGUGUUGACACGGAACUCGACACGGAGACCCGAAAACGCACGCUUGGCGACGCUCCCCCAACACGUGGGCCAGCACGUGCCGAGCCAGCACGCAGCGUGCUAGCGCGGACGUCUUGAACGCGGCACGCGUUGCUUUUCAAAAAAGGGCGCAUCAGGGCAGCUAAGUUGACCUGGUGAGGCGCCGUGCUGGGGUGCGCCAGCGGCAGCAGCUGGAUCUCGCGAGCCUGGGCCUCCCCGGCCGGCGCGCCUGCUGCGGGCCGCGGCGCAGCCGCGGAGCAGCCAGAGGCGUCGAGGACUCGCCGCGCAGCGACAGCUUCUCGCAGCGGCAGCAGGCGUGAGACCCAGUAGGCGGGCUGCUGCUGAGCGACGCUGGUGAACCACCAGCUUCCGUCCUCGUGCCCGUCGUGGCACCGCAGAGACUCGGCGUAAUCCUCUGGCAGCUCUCCUCCCAGGGCGCGCUCCAGCCCUGCCAGCUCCCAGUCGGCCAGCCCAGGUCGCAGAGCAGCUGCAGCCUCUGGCACCCAGACUUUCAAGCAGGCCCGCGCACGCCCCCACAGAUGUCGCACACGCCGUCUCAGAAUCCAAAUACUUGGACGUAUCGUUCCAGAAAUUCAGUUCUGGCUGCACGGCCGCCGCAAAGAAGCGCGUGCGCAGAGCCUUGAUAGCUGCUGGGGACAGAAGGGCUUCUGGCCGCUGUCGGUAAAGGCCGCAUGCAUAUCUGAUGUCUGAAACCUAGCCAGAGCUUCUCGGAAACCGCCAGCUCAAGUAAAUCCCGAGAUGCCGCUCCCAGCGUGCACAAGUCCUCUGGUGCCAUUUGGCCCUGCUCGCCAGCAAGGCAGAACGCCUCAAACAUCAUCGCCCGUGUGAGUAAGAAUGAAAGGGCCGCGAAACGCUGCAAGCUGUCAGUCCUCUCCACGGCGUCUGCGCAGCAGCGCUUGGUUGGAGUUCACUGCGUGAGCCGGAGAGGCUGCGAGGCGGUGCCGGAGGCGCCCAGGACGACAAGCACGGGGGCAGCAGCGCAGGCUGGGCAGGGCAGGCGAACCGUGGUGUGGUAUCCAAUGCCUGGGACAGCAGAG